AGAAGAUGAUGAGCCUGGUCAGCGGCCGUCUGGACCCAGACUCAGCACCCGCCUCUUCCUCCCUCAGCCUGAGGGCCAAGAGGGGCAGAAAGAAACUCUACAGACCUGAAAUCUCCUGCCCCAUGGACAUGCCCCCCCACCCGAUGAUCAACCAGGAGACGGACGGCGAGGGCCAGAGCGACCAUGACAUCAUCAAACGGCGCCUGCGCAGCAGAGCGGCUAAGUCCUAGCGCUGCCCUCCAGAACUUUACUGUAGAAAUGAAGCUGCUGGUGACGGAUCGUUGUUCUGAGACGCAUUUAUUGGAUCGGUUCUGUGGAGGCCGACCCGUUAACACUAACCAGCAUUUAGAAGUUCAUGUUUCACUUUAUUAACCAGCAAUAGUUCAUCUCUAAUGUGCAAUCUGCUCUAACUUCACCUCCUAGAACACUUUGUGGAACGUUUAACGGUUCUGCUGCAAAGUCUCACUUUAACCUGAAUCAUUAUGUUCUGACGGGUCAUCCGGUCUCAUCAGAGUCCAGAGCCAUCAUGUCCAGGAAACCAUUUGUUCCCAGCACCAUGAUCCUGGCC